ACAAUGAAUAGAUUUAUGUCUGAGAAUUGAGGACAGGACAUGUGAGAAGUUUGUGAUAAAGCAAAAUUAAAAGAAGAAAUACAAAAUGAUUCUUGGAGCAUUUCUGAUAGAAAUCGUGGUAGCAUUUUGCCUUGCCGCAACUUUGUUAUACAAAUAUGGAAAUAUUUUUCGACACCACAUCUUUGUUACAAUCUCUGUGCUCGUAGCAUGGUACUUUUCGCUGCUGAUAAUAUUCAUAUUGCCUUUAGAUGUUUCAUACACUGUUUUUAGACAGUGCAUUGAACAGAACACCACUAAAGCAACUAGCGAUAGCACAACAUCGCUACCAUUUCAUGCCUGCAAAGAACCCUGGCCUAUUGUUCCAAAAAAUGUAUUUCCAAAUUUAUGGAGAAUUGUAUAUUGGACAUCGCAGUGCUUAACAUGGUUGAUAUUGCCACUUAUGCAAUCGUACAUAAAGGCAGGGGAUUUCACUGUUCAAGGGAAACUGAAAUCUGCUUUGAUAGAUAAUGCUAUAUAUUAUGGGAGCUAUUUAUUCAUAUGUGGCAUUCUCCUAAUAUAUAUAGCAUUGAAACCUGGUCUAGAUCUCGAUGGACAAAAGCUGAAGGCCAUAGCUUCAUCCGCAUCUAACACAUGGGGCUUGUUUUUGUUGGUACUGCUUCUUGGAUACGCACUUGUAGAAGUUCCUCGUGGAUUAUGGAAUGCUAGCAAACCGGGUUACACAUUAAAUUACAGCUACUUUAAGGUUGCUAAACUAAGUUUAGACAAAUGUGAGGCAGAAGAGACGGUGGAUGAUAUACUAGAGUCUCUACAAGCUGCUACGGUGUCUAUUGGGCCAGGACAUCCAUUUCAUUGCAACUUAGAGACAAUCUUCCAAAAGAUUCCUGCAGAAUUAAAAGAUAGGAUGAACAGAAGACAACUACCUGAUGACACACCAACCGACACACCAUCUGAGAAAUCUUUGAUUCGUUUACAUAGACAAACUAUAAAAGCGUUACAAACUUUGCAACGUAUAGAAACACAAUGGGGAAUCUUGGUCAAUAAGAUAAUAGAUUUAGAGGAUAUAGCAAAAAAUCAAGAGAGCCACGACAAAAGAUUCAAACCGACUUUCCCGGCGCAUCGUUCAUUUCCGCUUCGUGUCUUUUACAAUCCUGUUAUUGAGUGGUACUGGAAAUGUGUCGUAAAGAGUUACGUCCAGAAAAUUGCAGCUAUUAUUGCUGGUUGCCUUUCGGCAGCUGUUGUAUGGUCAGAAGUAACAUUUUUCAACAAAUCUCCAGUGCUGUCGUUGUUUGCUCAAUUCGUGAAAUUAGCUAAGGAGAAUUACGAUUAUUUUACAAUCGAGUUACUGUCCACCCUGAUAAUCGCGUACCUCUGUUACUGUGCUUACUCGACGGUUCUAAAAAUUCGUGUCUUGAAUUUGUAUUAUCUGGCGCCGCAUCAUCAAACAAACGAGUACAGUUUAAUAUUCAGCGGUAUGAUGUUGUGCCGACUGACACCGCCGAUGUGCUUGAAUUUCUUGGGUCUCAUCCACAUGGAUUCGCACAUUAUUAAGACCCAUAUAUUGGAAACUUAUUACACUCAAGUGAUGGGCCACAUGGACGUUAUUUCCAUUAUUUCGGAUGGUUUUAACGUGUACUUUCCAAUGGCAAUUUUAGCAUUUUGCCUAGCAACGUAUUUUAGCGUAGGAAGCAGAUUAUUGUCGAUGUUGGGUUUCCAACAGUUUCUGGAUGACGACGAGUUCACGACGGAUCUUGUCGAGGAAGGUCGAGAAUUAAUAAAGCGAGAGAGACGCAAACGACAAAGAGCCGAGGACUCGAUGUGCAGAAGACGCGAAUUCCAAGAAAGAUUCAGCGGUUCUGCGACCUCAUCUCGUUACAGAACGUCGCGGCAGAGCACUGACACAGGUAUACAAUUGAGACCUUUGAAACGAGACGAGUCAGUGGAGUCGGCAAGGGCUGGACUACUGCGUGAUUUCGAUCCGGCGGAUUAUUACAUCGGCAUGACUUCCGGUGUGGAGAGUUAUGGUGCAAAUAAUAGUUAUGAUAGAGACUAUCAGGUAGACGAUUUUUACGAAGAGCGUGCAGACAAUGCAAGAGCAUUUACCACGAACACGAACCGUGUAGGACCCCCGCCGAGGGGACUGUUCGACGACAUUUAAAAAUUAACCCAAACACAGUUUAGUAUUUGCCCAGUAAAUGAAUUACUAAACGAACACACUUAUAGUUAAUAAAUACUCACAUUUAACCCAUCUACUCUUGAUACAUAGAGUUUUUUUUUUUUAAUACAGAGGUUGUGAACAUCAUUAUGUGUUUGAAUGGUAGAAAUAGUAUCAAAAUAUGCUGUCGUAAAUACGGUAUCAAUUGAGGUAUGAUUUUAAAAGGUGCGAUUAAAUGAAUUUUCAAUUUA